AUGUCAUUCAGACUGGAUAAGGGUGGCCGAAUGGUGAUAAAGAGAGGGAGGGUGAUCAGGACUGAAGGGGUGGAGCUACCAGAAGGCAGGAUUGCAGACAUACAUGACAGUUACAAGUAUCUGGGUAUCCCACAGGCCAAUGGGAGCCAUGACAAGAAAGCAAUGAUUUCAGCCACAGCCAAAUACCUCCAGAAAUCCUAUCCUGAUAGGAGUGGCCUCUUCCAGGAUGACAAUGCCCCCCCAUCCACAGAACUACAAGUUAAUGGGAAGAUUUCUGUGGAAGUGCAGUAUCAAGGCAAUCACAAGACCUUGCCACUGAUUAUUGUUCGAGGUCAGGGGGCAAGUCUACUGGGCAGGGACUGCAUUUCUGUAAUGGGGGUGCGCCGAGUAUGCUUACAAUCUGUGGAGUCCAUCUCAAUGGAAUAUGCAGAAGUCUUCCGGGACCUCGGGGCUUCACAAACCCCUCCAAUUGCUAUUGAUAUUAAUACGACAGCAUCACCCAAGUUUUUUAAAGCACGUUCAGUGCCCUUUGACCUUCGACCAGAUGAGGAGCUUGACAAGCUAGUAGCUCAGGGUAUUUUUGAACCCGUGAGACACUCAAGGUGGGCCACACCCAUCGUACCAGUAGUUAAAAAGGAUGGCAGCUUAAGAAUUUGCGGUGACUAUCGCUGCACUGUGAAUAAAGUUGUGAAACCUGAUGUAUACCCCAUUCCUACGGUGGCUGAACUGUUUUCCAGACUGGCAGGGGGGUUGCUUUUCAGUAAAUUGGACCUCAAACAAGCUUACCAGCAGCUGGUGCUGGAUGAUGAGGCUGCAGGGCUUCUCACUCUAAACACCCAUCGUAGGCUGUUUCGGGCCCGCCGCCUGCAGUUUGGAGUAUCGACAGCUGUGUCCAUAUUUCAGCGUUUCAUGGAUACACUCCUCGCCGGUAUACCAGGUGUGCAACCAUACCUGGAUGAUGUCUUAAUAGCGGGAAAGACUGUUGACCAGCACAAUGACCGUCUUCGUGCAGUGCUGGAACGAUUCGCAGAAGCAGGAUUGCGGCUACAGAAGGAGAAGAGUGUGUUUGCUGCUGACCAAGUUGAAUUUUUAGGUUUUCGUGUGGACAAGGAUGGCAUGCGGCCGACUAUGGAGAAAGUUGAGGCUAUUCAGAAGGCGCCUUCGACCCGGAACAAAAUGGAGCUUGAGUCAUUCCUAGGCCUACUCAAUUUUUACAGCUGUUUUUUGCCAAACAAGGCUACCAUCUUAGAAUCGCUGCACCGCCUCCUGGAUCAGUCUGCACCCUGGCAGUGGACUGACGCACAUGAAAAAGCUUACAAUGCUGCAAAACAACUGCUUCAGGCUGAUGGCGUGCUCACGCACUAUGACGAAACAAAGCCAUUAGCCGUUGUUUGUGACGCUUUGCCUUAUGGCUCGGGGGCGCUGCUCUUCCAUAUGGAGUCUGAUGGCCGGGAGGCUCCCAUCGUCUUUGCCUCGAGGACACUAUCCUGCACUGAAAGAAAUUAUGCUCAAAUAGAUAAGGGGGCCUUGGCGGUCAUUUUUGCAGUCAAACAUUUUCACCAGUACCUUGCUGGUUGCCACUUUGUGGUUUUUACUGACCACAAACCUCUUUUGGGCCCUACACCAUUCAAAGCCCUGUCCCCACGCAUGCUACGCUGGAGUGUUCUUCUUGGGGCCUACGAUUACGAAUUGUGCUACCGCCCUGGCAAACAGCUAGCAAAUGCUGAUGCCCUCAGUCGCUCACCACUGCCCGCUGGUAUGCGUGAGACCCCUCCACCCAUGGAGGGGCUCUUACUGGAAAUGGCACCUGAAGCCCCACUGAAUGCAAAACACAUAGCCGCCCUUACUCGGAAGGAUCCAGUUCUGUCUCGGCUGCUGCGCUGGGUCCUGCAUGGCUGGCCAGUGGAUACACCCGACAGCCGUUUCAAGCCGUUUUUCACCCGGCGCCAUGAACUGUCCGCACACAAGGACUGCCUAUUAUGGGGGAGUCGUGUAGUUAUUCCUAACCUGGCGAGGGAGGAGGUACUAGCCAUGCUGCAUGAUGCACACCCAGGCAUUGUGCAUAUGAAGGGCCUGGGGAGGAGUUAUGCCUGGUGGCCAGGUAUGGAUUUAGCAAUAGAACAGACAGUAAAAUCCUGUGAAACCUGUCAGAGAACUCGUCAUGCACCACCAACAGCACAGCUGCACCCUUGGGAGUGGACAACUAAGAAAUGGUCCCGGCUACACAUUGACUUUGCUGGUCCAUUCCAGGGGAAGACAUUUCUCAUAAUUGUGGACUCACACUCUAAGUGGUUAGAGGUUGCCAUGGUGAGUUCAAUGUCCUCCUCUGCAGCGAUCAGCACACUGAGGCUCCUCUUUGCAACUCACGGGUUACCAGAUGUCAUUGUUUCUGACAACGGUGCAGCCUUCACAUCGGAAGAAUUCAAAGAGUUUGCCAGACGGAAUGGCAUCAGAGCAGUGACUAUGGCCCCUUACCAUCCUCGUUCAAAUGGCCAAGCAGAACGUAUGGUCCAGACAACCAAGGAGGCCCUGUCUAGGAUCCGGCGUCUUACCAUGGCCUUGGAUCGCCUUCAUCCUGACUAUGAAAAUGAGAUCUAUUCUAGCCAUCUAAUCAGGCUUGUCAGCCUGGAACAACAGGUGAAUAUAAUUAACGACAUUCAGCACUGUUGGGGGUGUAAAGGACUGGAGUCAUCUGAACCUCUGCUGUGA